UCGCUGCGCAGCGGUUUCUCUGCGCGGGUCUUUGCUGCGGGAGAAACCGCCUUUGAGCGGUUCGGUCCUUGGGUCCAGGAUGCGCAGAACUUGAAAGGAUGACGUUUUCACUCGACAACAUCCCUGAGAUUUGAGGGACUCGAUACCCCUACACCCGUGUGUCAGUUCACCAAGGCGCCUGGCGUCAAGGCCGGGUCAGGGGUCUCCCUGGAGACCAGAAUCUCAGCCCGUCUUUUCUGGGUUGUUUUCGUUAACAUCUUGAGGGCCAAAUUCCCGCUUCUGGCUGGUCAGCAGCAGGGUGUCCGGAGCCCACAUUCGCGUCUGUGCCCGGCUCCUCCGGCUUCGUGCACGUCUGGUGGCCUGAGGGCGCCCAAGAAUAGGGAGGUGGACGAGAUUCGCUGACCAUGUCCAAGCAACAACCGACUCAGUUUAUAAAUCCGGAAACUCCCGGCUACGUGGGCUUUGCAAAUCUUCCCAAUCAAGUUCACCGAAAAUCAGUGAAGAAGGGCUUUGAGUUCACCCUGAUGGUGGUUGGUGAAUCGGGCUUGGGGAAGUCGACACUCAUCAACAGCCUGUUCCUGACGGACUUGUAUCCAGAGAGGGCCAUCCCCGGGGCCGCAGAGAAAAUCGAGAGGACUGUCCAAAUCGAGGCGUCCACUGUGGAGAUCGAGGAGCGCGGCGUCAAGUUGCGCCUGACCGUCGUGGACACGCCUGGCUACGGGGACGCCAUCAACUGCAGGGACUGUUUCAAGACCAUCAUCUCCUACAUCGAUGAGCAGUUCGAGCGCUACCUGCAUGACGAGAGCGGCCUCAACCGGCGCCACAUCGUGGACAACCGCGUGCACUGCUGCUUCUAUUUUCUCUCCCCCUUCGGGCACGGGCUGAAGCCCCUGGACGUGGCCUUCAUGAAGGCCAUCCACAACAAGGUCAACAUCGUGCCGGUCAUUGCCAAGGCGGACACCCUCACGCUCAAGGAGCGGGAGCGCCUCAAGAAGAGGAUUUUGGAUGAGAUCGAGGAACAUAACAUCAAGAUCUACCAUUUGCCUGACGCAGAGUCGGACGAAGAUGAGGACUUUAAGGAGCAGACCAGGCUUCUGAAGGCCAGCAUCCCCUUCUCCGUGGUCGGAUCCAACCAGCUGAUCGAAGCCAAAGGCAAGAAGGUGCGGGGGCGCCUGUACCCGUGGGGCGUGGUGGAAGUGGAGAACCCCGAGCACAACGACUUCCUGAAGCUGCGGACCAUGCUCAUCACCCACAUGCAGGACCUGCAGGAGGUGACCCAGGACCUGCACUACGAGAAUUUCCGCUCUGAGAGGCUGAAGAGAGGCGGCAGGAAAGCGGAGAACGAGGAUGUGAAUAAAGAUCAGAUCUUGUUGGAGAAGGAGGCUGAGCUCCGCCGCAUGCAGGAGAUGAUCGCGCGGAUGCAGGCGCAGAUGCAGGCGCAGAUGCAGGGGGGCGAUGGCGACAGCGGGGUGCAUGGGCACCACGUGUGAGAAAGCCCCAGCCCCGGAGGAAGAGGCUUCCCUUGAGGAGCAGCUGCACCAGGACUCCCCCCAUCCCACAGCAGUGCCUGAGAAUUUAACUUUUAACCUUUUGACGUGUUACUUUGUAUGAAGUCUUAACCUUUGUACUUGCGGUUGUGCUACACUCUGUGCCCAGCGAUGGGGACUUUCUCUGCCCAGUUUCCCCCUGCCCUGCUGCCCUGGUGCCUUGACCGCCCCGACCAGCCAGUGCUUUCCGGGUAUGUACCGGAACAUCCCGACCAGCCCGGGGGUCCCCGAGUGGUGGGUCAGAGUCCUAUGACACACACACCCCCCAGAGCCCUCCCUGUGGCCACCUGCACAGGUCCCCCACGUGCAGCCGAUGUCCAGGCUCCAGGAGCUUUUCUAAUGAUGGGUGCUUGGCUGGGCCUCAUGGAGUCUGUGAUACCAGAAUCAGGUUAUUCUCAGACCCGCAGGCGGGGAACAGGUGCCAAGUUCCCACAGGGGCGUGGGGAAGGGCUUGAGUCUGGUGCUCGGGCCCCACGCACCCACCUCUCACCUGCCCGCCCACUGGGGUCACUCUGCCAAAUCUAGACGCGCCCCUUGGAAGCAGGUGGCCGGGCUGUGUUUUCACGCUGCCUGGGGGUGUGUGCCAUCAGCCCUGUGGUCAUGGCUCCUGCCCAGCCCUGCCCCGCACCCCUAUGCCGGCUCAGCCUGGCUUGCCCUGGGUUGGGCUUUCCCUCCCGAGCGAUUUUCCACGGGGACAGUGGCAGCGAGGGUCCUCGGGUGUGACUGUCCCUCCUGGCGCGGGCGAGGCCUGGGCCCCUCUGCCCGGCCAAGGCCACCCUGUCCGUGCUCGGUCCCCCACCUCCUGGUGCCCCCCAGGGGACCCCUCAGCAUUUCCACUGGUGGUGGGAAGCUGGACCCCAGGAGGGAGGGCAACCCCAGGGCGCAGGGCCAGCGCUCCCUGCUUCCUGCAGCGGGAGGGCGAGGCGGAGAGGCUCAAGCUGCAGAUGUGGGUGGCGGGUUUGUGUUUGGGUCAGAGAAUGAGGUUGGGGUCCAGGCGCAAGUGUCCUCGGCGAGAGUUGUGCCCGAGGCCUGGCCGGGAGCCCAGUGCUGAGGGCCCUGGCUCAUGGGCUUCCUGCGGCCGCCAAGGCGGCCGCGUCCCUCUGGUGCUGGGCUCAAGCCCGUCGGGUCCUUGCCCCCCGCGAAGGUUUUGCCCUUUCACUGUCAAGCCCCUGUGGGUUUGGGCUUCCUCUUUCCUGCUCAAACCCGAAUACAGGCCUUUGCUGGUAGUCGUUGCUCUUUCACUGGGGGUCAUGUUUUCCUAUAGAAAUGUUUUUUGAAAACGCGUUUUACACCACGGUUUUGUACCCACUGAGACUUACACUUACUAAUAAAGCACUAUGGUUCGGAUGCCGGGAGAGUGGCCGUCGUUGCUGGACUCAGGG